UAAUAAAAACAAAAAUCUCUUUUACAGAGAAACUCAGUUGUGCUUUUAAUCAACUCAUCCUGAAAUAAUCUUAUAUACUUACGUUUUUGAUUGUUAUAUGUGCCACCGUUUUUUGUAUACACUGACACUUACUGCAUGUUCAGUAUAAAUAAAUCUUAUCUUAUCUUAUCUUUUAUAUGUCUAUCGGGUGUUAUUAUUCAUGCAAAAACAUCCAAAUUAUUUUGAUGCUUAUAGAACUACAAGCAAAACAAGACAUACUGAACGUCUCCUCUAUCCUCACCACUCUCUUUCUUCAACAGAGAUUGAAUAUACAUGGGAAUCAAGUUGUUCAACGCUCUUCCAAGAGAAUUCAAGUUGAUAACUAGUUGCAAUAUGUUCAAGAAGAGAUAACACACCCUGAUGAUGGAAUGCGAGCCCUAUAAUUUCAAAGCUGUGGAAGGUGGUUUCAAUGUUGUAGACUUGGUCUGGCUACACAACCCCCAUCUGAAGAUAGGAUUAUCACCUGUUAGUAAUAGAAGGACUGCGAAGGAUCAUACAAGGCGAUACAAAGGAUCAACGAUGUGUACUUUAUCCAAAAACUACCCAGGAGAAAAGAAACCAGAGGUCCAUCUAAAUCGUUUGGCGAAGUACGAUGCGAACUACGACGAACAUGACGAAACUAAUCUAAGAAGGACGACCACCCAGAAAGUGGAUCCUGAUGAAAUGAUUUUCGACUGAGAUGGCACUGGGUGAGCAAGAAUUGGAUUUUCCAUUAAGAAACAGCAGGAUCUCUUUUCUCUGCCUGAAGAUUAUUUAUCAAAUUUAUUAGAGUAAGAUGCAUAUGUUUUACCAUCGAAAACAACGCUGAGCAUUACAUUUCUAAAAAAAUUUAAAUAUGCCAGGAAAAAAAUCAGAUGAAAAUGGCGAAUGUUAAUCACAUAACAUUGACGUUACUGGCGUGGAGGAAAAAACUCGACGAUUUAAGCAAUGCCCUUGUGUUUUGUGAUAUCUUUUCCCUACUUACUUCACUUCAAAGACAGUGCAGAUUUCAGUUCGUAACAGUUUGUUUGAAUUUUAAUCUUAAUUUAAGUUGAGCCAAGUUUACUUAGAUAAUUCAUUUGAAACAUUUUUUGGGUCACUCUGUAUAAGCAUUAUUUGUUACCACCAAAUAAUAUGUCUUAUUCAAAAACCCCUGUAUACUGGAAGUAAGUACAUACGUUUCUCUGCCAAAUUUGAAAAAAAAAAUACAUAAUUAUAACGAUGCAAGUUUUUG